CUCUGUCUCUGCACGUGUGUGUCUGUUUGUCAUGGUAUGUGUACACCCCUGCUGAAACAUACACAUGUAUACAGCACCCUCUCACGGGAAGCUAGUACACGUUAAACUUCUUGAGGUUCUUGAUGUAAUCGCUGGGGGGGACGAGCUUGUCCGCAUAGUCAGAGCCGAAUGCCAGGCCAUGUUCAUCCACCCCCGUCUUGGCGAAGCAGAAAUCCUGGAUCGCGGGCUCAUUCUUCUUGUUGGUGUAGGCGGCUUGCUUGCGCGUCUCGUUGGAUUUGCCGCACCGUCCUUUCGAUCCGAAGGCGUCCCCCUCACUGUAGCAGUGACCUUUCCACACGCCGUAGCCCUUCUCAGCGUCUGUUGGCGUGAGAGUCUUCUCGAGGAUGCAGACGCGGUCGAUUGGGGCGCACGCGUACAUGUAGGGUUUUUCGUCGGGAUUGAACGGUGACGCCACACGCCACGCGGAACCCUGCUCUUUCUUGAUGGAGCAUUUGUGCUCUGCACAAAUGGAAGGAAAAGCAUGACAAGAUCAAUUCAUGGACCUGCGCAUGCAUUGAGGAGGUUAAGUGCCGCUUGCUACCGAAAAUUUGCUGAGUGUGGUGAAGGACGCUGUGGGCCAGGAGGGCAAGGUUGUCGGCGGCCGCCGUGGUGCCGUUGAAGGCAUCGAUGGCCUCCUGGUAACUGUCGAGCUGCUCGUGCAGCUGCAUGAGGCUCACCGACGACAGCUCAGCAGACGUGCCACCUGCAUUGAUUGCAAUGACAGUGCAGCAGACCGGAGGAUGACUGCAUGCAGAGGGACUUACUUUGCUCACGGGCGCACUUGGCGGCGACGAGGAGCUCCAGGAGGAUGGUCAGUGCGACCAGAAGGAACGUCUUGUGCGCCGCCAUCCUCUUGGAGAUACUCGAGAUGUCACUAAACUUUGCCCUGCCUCCCCCCAU